UUUGCUAUAAAUAUGUAGCCCCAGCAUGUAACGCCUCCUCAUCCCUCUCUCGACCUUCCUAGAAAAGAUUCUCUCGCCAAAGAAUAAACGUGAAAUCAGGAACGGAAAGCUGAAGCUCAGAUCCUUCAUUCGCUUUUCGAUCUGCUAAUCACCAUAGUUGAGUUGUGAUUCAGUUACUGUUUGAUUAUAGCUUUAUUGAAGAUCGAAGAACACUUGGAAACAGAGAUGGCUCCUCAGAACGUCGGAAUUCUCGCCAUGGAAAUCUACUUCCCUCCUACUUGUAUCCAGCAGGAUACCCUAGAAAAUUUUGAUGGUGUAAGUAAAGGAAAAUACACCAUCGGACUCGGACAGGAUUGCAUGGCAUUUUGUUCAGAGGUUGAAGAUGUCAUCUCUAUGGGAUUAACAGCUGUCACUUCGCUACUUGAGAAGUACGGGAUUGAUGCAAAACAAAUUGGUCGGCUGGAAGUUGGCAGCGAAACUGUGAUAGACAAGAGCAAAUCCAUCAAGACCUUCCUAAUGAAAAUCUUUGAGGAUUGUGGAAAUACCGAUAUCGAAGGUGUGGAUUCAACCAAUGCCUGUUAUGGUGGAACUGCGGCAUUAUUCAACUGUGUGAAUUGGGUGGAAAGUAAUUCAUGGGAUGGACGCUAUGGAUUGGUUGUCUCCACAGACAGUGCGGUUUAUGCCGAGGGACCAGCUAGACCAACAGGAGGAGCAGGUGCUGUUGCUAUGUUGAUAGGGCCUGAUGCUCCUAUUGCAUUUGAAAGCAAAUUCAGGGCAAGUCAUAUGUCCCAUGCUUACGACUUUUACAAACCUGACCUUGCAAGUGAAUAUCCGGUUGUUGACGGAAAGCUGUCUCAAACUUGUUAUCUCAUGGCACUCGACUCUUGCUACAAGGGAUACUGUCAAAAGUACGAGAAAUUACAAGGCAAACCCUUUUCAAUGGCCGAUGCUGAAUAUUUUGUUUUUCAUAGUCCAUAUAACAAGCUUGUACAGAAGAGCUUCGCUCGCUUGGUGUUCGAUGAUGUUGCUAGGAAUGCCAGUACUGUUGAUGAAUCCGCGAAAGAGAAGUUAGGACCGUUCACAUCUCUAGCAGGCGAUGAGAGCUACCAAAGCCGUGAUCUUGAAAAGGCAUCACAGCAGGUGGCAAAACCCGAUUAUGAUAGGAAGGUUCAGCCAGGAACCUUGAUUCCCAAGCAACUGGGAAACAUGUACACUGCAUCUAUCUAUGCUGCCUUUGCUUCCCUGAUUCACAAUAAGAAUAGCUCUCUGGAUGGAAACCGCGUUAUGAUGUUCUCAUACGGGAGUGGAUUAUCCGCCACAAUGUUUUCAUUACGUCUUAGUGAGGGCAAAGCGCCUUUUAGUUUGUCAAACAUCGCAAAGGUCAUGAACAUUGAACAUAAGUUGAAGACAAGAACAGAGUUUGCACCGGAGAAAUUUGUCGAAUUGAUGCAGUUGAUGGAGCACAGAUACGGUGGCAAGGACUACGUGACAAGUAAGGACACGAGUCAUCUUGCUCCGGGCACCUACUAUCUGACCGAAGUAGACUCCAAAUACCGAAGAUUUUACGCAAAGAAGACGACCGAGUUGGCCAACGGUCAUUGAAGAUUGAUGGUAAUCAGUGAGUGGACUCAAGUUUAGCUCUACAAGUAUGGUUUUGGUUGAGGGUGAUGUUGUAAGAGCACCUAAUAAUUUGGUUUCAUUUGAGUUUGUUAAUCCAUAAUAGUCGAGUAUGAAAAAGAAAUUGUAUUUUUAAUCUAUUUUUAUCAAUAAUAAUUAUU